AUGGCGCCCACUCUAUUUACAUCUCUGAAGCUUGGACGACAUACCUUGCAGCAUCGUAUCGUUCUGGCUCCUAUGACACGUUUUCGAUCCGACGAUAACGGCGUGGUACUUCCUUAUGUGGCCGACUAUUACGCGCAACGUAGUACUCCUGGAGGACUAUUGGUGACCGAGGGAACUCUCAUCUCAUCUACGGCAGGCGGUUAUCCUAAGGUGCCAGGCAUCUACAGCAACGAACAGAUCGCCAAAUGGAAACAAGUCACCAAGGCCGUUCAUGACAAAGGCGGUAUCAUUUACUUGCAAAUCGCACACGCCGGGCGUGCCACCACUUCCAAAUUAUCUCCCAACGGUGAACAGCCCGUGUCGGCCUCCCCCAUCGCCAUUCAAGGAGUGAAUAUGCUCGGUCAACAGAAUGAAGUUCCCCGUGCCUUGGAAAUUCCAGAAAUCAAGGCUCUUAUUCAAGAUUUUCGUCAAGCAGCUCUGAAUGCCGUGGAAGCUGGUUUUGACGGGGUGGAAAUCCAUGCAGCCAACGGUUACUUGUUGGAUCAAUUUAUCAACACCUCUAGCAACAAGCGCACAGAUAUGUAUGGUGGCUCGAUCGAAAACCGAACGCGUUUCGCGUUGGAAGUCGUGGAUGCCAUUGCCGAUGCUAUUGGCCCUGAUCGUACCGCAAUCCGUUUUUCUCCAUGGUCCGGUUUCCAGGAUAUGCAAGAUGACACACCGAUUGAAACAUGGGGUUACAUCGUCUCUCAACUUCAGGCCCGUCAUCCUGAUCUUGCUUACGUGCACUUUUCCGAACCCCGCGGUCCUUUCAUUUCCUCAGGUGGUUAUUCGGUCGACACUAAACUCGCUUUUGACCGCGCUGCAAAGACCGGUGACCUCAUCUCUUUUGGUCGUGCUUAUACCGCCAAUCCAGAUCUUGUAGAGCGCCUGCGCAACGGAUGGCCCCUCACAUGCUACAAUAGAAGCACCUUUUAUACAGGCGGUACCGAAGGUUACGUCGAUUAUCCUUCCUAUCAACCGUAGAUAAUAUCUUUUUACUCGAUAUAAACCAUUAUACCAACAUUAUCGUAAAUUGCUCUCUUUUUCCGCUGAAGUACAUACCUCUUAACCUUGAAAGUCAACUGUGUGGCUCACAAUAUACUGUAGCUAUAUUUUACGCUCGCUACAUGAUAAUCAUUGCAAGAUAAGAAACUUUAAGACUAUCGGUAACCCAGGCUAAGGAAAGGUGCCUUUUUUUUUUUAUCUCGACAUCAUGCUGACUUUUAUCCAAUGGAAAGCCGCAAAGUUGUGUAAUGAAUCUGAAAAAAGUCUUCAUAUGAGCAUCAAUUAUGAUUGGCCUGCGUGAAACGCAAAAAUGCCGACGAACAAAUCAGCCUUUGUGCGCUAUAAAAUCGAAAAAAUCAAAACCGUCACAUUCAAGUCACGGCGGAAAAAAUUCUAAUAAUUUCUUCCCAAUUUUUUUUUUUUUUUAGUGAAUUCCCUCU